GUUCGUCUUUUUUUACAGAACCGUAUGGAAGAAAGUAUGAAGCUAUUCGAGUCCAUUUGUAACAAUAAGUGGUUUGUGGACACGUCUGUCAUACUCUUCCUCAACAAGAAAGAUUUAUUCGAGAAGAAACUGGAGUCAUCUCCCCUUACCACCUGCUUCCCUGACUAUACAGGCGAUAACGUGUUAGAGCAGGCAGCUAGUUUUAUAAGGAAGAAAUACGAGAAGUUGAACCGGAACAAAGCCAAAGAGGUUUAUACUCACUUCACUUGCGCCACCGAUACAAACAAUGUUCAGGUGGUAUUCGAUGCAGCUAUAGAUAUCAUACUACAACACCAACUCAAAGACGUCUCUCUCAUGUGAGUCAAGCAUUACGCAGGACUACACUGCGAAGACGCCUCUCUCACGUGAGUCAGGUAUUAUGUAGGACUACACUGCCAUCUCAAGGCGCCUUUCUCAUGUGAGUCAAGCAUUACGCAGGGUUACACUGCCAUAUCAAGACGCCUCUCUCACGUGAGUCAGGUAUUAUGUAGGACUACACUGCCAUCUCAAGGCGCCUUUCUCAUGUGAGUCAAGCAUUACGCAGGGUUACACUGCCAUAUCAAGGCGCCUCUCUCAUGUGAGUCAAGCAUUACGCAGGUCUACACUUCCAUAUCAAGGCGCCUCUCUCAUGUGAGUCAACCUUGAUACAUGACCGCAGCAACAUUCGACUUAAGAACGUUCUCUCACGUGAGUUUGACAACGCCUUGCAAAUCAAAGACCCCUCCUCCGUGUCAGUGAGGCGUCAUACUAGACUACGUCACAGUGUAACUCAAAGACGCCUCUAUCGUGUGCGUGCGACAACAGAACAGAAUGAGCAUGAUGCCACCUGUCUUGUGUGAGACAUUGGACUGGUGGGUUAAAAGGGCUCUCUAGAAGUAAAUGUUUUUGGCAGAAUUGUGCAUGUUUUAUAUCGAAUAGGAUGUUAUAUGAUGCACAGCGGAUCCUACUAUUCUUGUUUACAUGAAGGAGGCGUCAUAUACCUGUGGGUAGAUAGAAAAGAUCAGGAAUGUAUGGAUACACAAAGAAAUGUAAUACAUUUCUGACAUUCAAAGAUACAUUGACAUCAACGGAAUGGUAUUGUGUUUUCUUUCGAACAAUUAAUAAAGUUAGCACCUCAAAAUGGCGGGGCAAUGCUAUCAAUAACAUGACACAAAUAGACUUGUAUGGAGCAGUGAUUCUUAAUCCAUAGGACAAAACAUAGGACUUAACACCACGAGUAUGACAAAGAACCAGUUAUAAACCUUUAGCUUUAUACAUUUCUGCGUAUGUAUAUCAAAUGAUACAUCACGUGUCUCUGGCAAUUGUGAUAAAUCAUUUCAACAUG